AGUACACAAAAUUGACACUUCAUACUUUACAUCUUGUAUAUUUUAUAUUUAGAACACAGAAUCGUUUUACACAUCACAGUUGAAAGGUAAAUGGAAGAAGACCCGCGCCCAUCCUGGGGACAGAAAUGCAGCCCUUACUGCUUAUUGCCACAACGAGUCACGUGUGCUCUAAUGGGCUUCCUAGCAGUGUUAUUUGCAUUCACUAAUCGGAUAUCCAUGUCAUAUGCCAUCACUCGGCUUGUCAUACCGGUUAAUCGUACAGAAGGUAACGAUACAGACUCGAAAUUUGAAGAAGUAUGUCCAAAAGAAGAGGUGGAGGAAAGUAAAGCUGCGAGUACUGGUACUUAUGACUGGUCCGAGCAACUGCAAGGUUAUAUUCUGUCCAGUUUCUACAUUGGCUACUUAAUUAGUCAGGUGCCCGGUGGCAUACUGGCCGACAAAAUUGGAUACAAAUGGGUGUUGGGCCUGAGCGUUUUCAUCUCUGGACUAUGCACCGUAAUUUCUCCCAUCACCAUAACAGUAGGGGGCGCAUACGCACUGAUUGUUGUUCGCAUUAUUAUGGGACUGUCUCAGGGCCCCAUAUUCCCAGCAAUGACAGUGAUGUUGUCGGUGUGGGUUCCGGCCAGAGAGCGCGGUACGCUGGGAACCCUUUGUUACAGUGGCAGCACGGUGGGUAUUAUUGUUAGCAACGCUGUUUCUGGGGUUUUAUUAUUCAGCCUGGCUUGGCCCUGGACAUUCUACUUCUUUGGUAGCCUAAGCAUAAUUUGGUUUGUUGUAUUCGUCUUAGUUUGCUACGAGCAUCCCGCGACACAUCCCUUCAUUUCGUUAAAGGAGCGCGAAUACCUUAAUAGCACAAUAGUCACAUUAAAAAAAGAAAAGCCACCGAUACCAUGGAAACCAAUGUUGCUCAGUAUGGUGAUGCUCUCGGUGCUCAUAUCCCAACUAGGUCACGAUUGGGGCUACUAUGUGAUGAUUACCUGCCUGCCCAAAUACAUGUCCGAUGUCCUGCAGUUCUCCAUACGUUCAAACGGCCUUUACACCGCUCUCCCCUACGUAGCCAUGUGGAUAGCAACCAUUUUGAGUGGCCUAGCCGCCGACUGGAUCAUACGUACGGGCAAAAUGUCAAUGACUAAUGAACGUAAGCUGGCGACAUUCGUGGCCGCCGUCGGACCAGGCCUUUUUAUGGUCGUUGCAUCCUAUGCAGGCUGCAACAAACUGCUCGUCGUCGGACUCCUGAUCUUGUGCAUGUUUACUAUGGGUCCGUACUAUGCCGGUCAGAAGUUGUCCGCCAUUGACUUAAGUCCGUGCUAUUCUGGCACCAUAAUGGCUAUCGCAAAUGGUCUUGGUUCGGUUUCGGGCAUUAUAUCGCCCUCAAUAGUGGGUGCGAUGACCCCAAAUGCAACAAUGAACGAAUGGCGGGUGGUGUUCUGGGUGUCAUUCGCUAUCAUUACAUUUUCUGGCGUUGCUUUUGCAAUUUGGGGCUCAGGCGAUGUACAGAAGUAUGAUCCAACUUAUAAGGAACCCGAAACUGAACAAAAAUAAAGAAUAUUUCCUCUUUUUCUAAAAUAUAUUUUGUAUACUAAGUACCAAAUAUCUUGUAGCUCAACAAAUUAUACUGUACAACAAGCUCGGA